AUGAAGGAUGGGGGGUGGGGGGGGAGGGGGGACAAUGAGUUGGUGGAUUUGCGUUUGGGAUGGCUGGUAUUGGCAGGGGUGUGGUGGGUGGGGGGUUGUGGGGAUGGGGGGGGGGUGAGGGUACUGGUGAGGUGGGGGGGGGUUCUGGGGGGGGGGUUGGUUAGGCAGGGGAAGGUUUCAUGGGGGGGUCGGCGGGUUGCAUGGUAUGAUGGGAAGGGGGGGGGGGUGGGGGGUGGCUUAUUGGUAGGAAUUGAUAUCGAAAAUUAA